AGAGCAACGUGCAGGCUUAGACCCAGUUUACAACGCCGAGUCCCAGUGCAGUAGUAUAGCAGUAGCAUCGGAGCUCGCAACAAGGUACAGCACAGUAGUAGCAGGGGAGACCUAUACACAUCGGCUGCUACAAAAAAUUCUUCCGCCAGCUCGACCGAGCCCCGCAGUGCACAGUACCCGCGCAAGUGUUCAUCUAGGAGCAGCCUCGUAGUGUUCCAUUGCGGCGCAUCGUGCAACCCGCAGUGCACCAAUUAUUACGCGCGGAUACGUAUAUAGUCAUCAUUAGUAUAUUCAUCUCUCUAUCUCUCUCUCUCUCUCUCUCUCUUUACCACUUUCUCUCGCACUCUCGUUCUGGAAUAAUACAGACAUAUAUAAAGGUGCUCGUAAAGACCGCUGCGCAUACAGUAGCAGCAGCCCAGCGUGUAUGCGUAUAUAACAACACAUGCAUAAUAUAUAGUAUUAUAUACGAUUAUAUACUCACACACAUACACUUGGAUCAUCUGUGUAUAUGUGAUUCCCGGUGUGCACACUCGAGUCUGGUGUCGAGGGAUAGCAUAAUACUACGCGGUCGACGGCGUGCUCGCAAUGGCCGACUCAGGAAAGAUGCAAGGAAUAGACACCUCUGCCGCCAACGCAACCAUGAACAAUCAGCCCGUCAAGCGACGAUUGCGAGAACGAACGAAGAAAUUUUACACUGAUGACUGGGCUUUCGGCGAUGAAGAGCUCGAAGGUAGACGAGGUUUUCUCGUGGAAGAGAAAAUUGAGAGCGACAAGUACAAUUUGAAAAACUUCAAUGGAUUGUAUCGCGAAAUGACCGGUGAAGAACUCACCGUGUCGUACUUCCAAAAGCACGGCUUCGGCAUACCUCUGCUGAUCAAGGACAAAGCUGGCUUGGGUAUACGAGUACCCAGCUCCAACUUCAGCGUUCACGAUGUCAGGACAUGUGUUGGCUCGAGACGGUUACUCGAUGUUAUGGACGUCAAUACACAAAAAAAUGAAGAGAUGACCAUGAAAGAGUGGCAAAAGUACUAUGAAGAAGAAGAAAGGACUCGUUUAUUGAACGUGAUCUCGUUAGAAUUUAGUCACACUAAAUUAGAAAAUUACGUUCAAUCGCCAACAAUAGUGCGCCAAGUUGAUUGGGUCAGCUCUGUUUGGCCCAAACAUCUAAAAGAACAACAAGUAGAAGCCACAAAUCUUCUUGAGGACAUGAUGUAUCCUAAAGUUCAAAAAUAUUGCUUAAUGUCAGUUAAAGGAUGUUAUACAGACUUCCACGUGGAUUUUGGUGGUACCAGUGUAUGGUAUCAUAUUUUAAAAGGUGCCAAAAUUUUCUGGCUCAUACCACCCACGGAGAAAAAUUUAGCUCGUUAUCAGCAAUGGGUGCUGAGUGGUAAACAGUCGGACGUUUUUUUCGGAGACAUGGUAGAUAAAUGUGGUAGAAUAACUCUUUCAGCUGGUAUGACCAUGUUUAUACCAACUGGAUGGAUACAUGCUGUUUAUACUCCGGCUGAUUCACUUGUUUUUGGAGGCAAUUUUUUGCACAGCUAUGGAAUUGAUAAGCAAUUAAAGAUUGCCCAAGUUGAGGAAGCUACAAAAGUGCCUCACAAAUUUCGAUACCCAUUUUUUACUGAAAUGUUAUGGUACGUUUUAGAAAGGUAUGUUCAUGUUCUACUUGGGCGUAGUCAUUUGGAUAUUUCUGAAGAUCAAAGUCAUCAUCUUACACCCAAGCACACCAAACAUGUUCAUUUAACAUCUAUGGAACUUCAUGGCCUCAAAUCAAUUGUUAUGUAUCUGCACGCACUCCCUUCUACAAAAAAAAAUGUUCCAGAACUUAUUAAAGAUCCUAUUGCUCUAAUACAUGAUGUUCGUUGUUUGGUCGAACAACAUAGACAUGAUAGUCCAGAUGAGGCAGUGACCGGUUUGCCAGUUCUUCCACCUCCACCAAUACUAACUUCAGUUGAACGUGAAAAAUUGGGUAUGGGCCGACCCAGGAAAUACCCAAGAUCUUCGGGUGAACAUAAAUCCACUGGUCCACGUAGGCGUCGUACUCGAUGUAAGAAAUGUGAAGCCUGCACGCGCGCUGAUUGCGCUGAAUGUGUUUAUUGCCUUGAUAUGGUCAAAUUUGGAGGAUCUGGUCGUGCUAAACAAACGUGUAUGAUGCGGCAAUGUCUCAGGCCAAUGUUACCAGUCACAGCGUCGUGUAAAUUUUGUGGUCUUGAUGGUUGGGGUCAAACUCCUGCUCCAUUGAUGGGAAAGCAGGCUCCAACGGCAGAAUCUAAUCUCAUGGAAUGUUCAAUUUGUUAUGAAAUUGUUCAUCCUGAUUGCACCGGAAAAGAUGUGCAGAAUAUGUCCAUAAGUGAUGAUAUCCCUAAUAGUUGGGAGUGUCCAACAUGUUGCGAAAGUGGAAGAAAUUUAGAAAGCAAACAAAGAGCUCCAAAAGGACGGCCAAGGAAAAGUAACGCUUCGCCAAGCUCUUCCAGAAAUUCACCUGUAGAGUCAGAACCAUCAAACAAAAUCCAGAAAUUGACGUCAAAUGAGGAUGAUAAGAAUGGUCAGGAAAUAUCAGAUGAAGAACCAAAGAUGGACUACCAAAAUGAGCUAGCCAAUAAUCAUACAGAAAAGACAAAUAAGCAUAACAAUACCAGUCCUAAUAAUAGUAAUUCUCAUAAUAAUCAUCGAGAACAGAAAACGCCUCCUCCUCAGUGGCAUCAACAGAACCAACAGCAAAAUCAGCAACCACACCAAACCAAUUCACCUCAGCAGCGUCAGUCACCGAAAAAAUUGCCAACAGUAUCUCCAAAUCAAAAGAAAGAAACACAUGAAAAGCCGGGCUGGCCCAAAAGUCCACGGGACACUAAUCCAUGGAGAACAAUGGAUUUAUCCAAUAAUACACUAUCAGCUACUCAUUUAACAAAUAUUAUUCAACACCAACCAGAAACUUUAUUGCUCGACUGGACCAACGUUGCUAAGAAACAGCUUGCUUGGCUUCUCAGUAGAUUAUCACCUCUGAGGAACUUGUCAUUGAAAGGUUGCAAUUGGGCUGGUGUUUGUGCACUGAACACGUCAGCAUGCCCACCCUUGGUCAGUCUUGACUUAGAUUUCGUUGCUGGUUUCAAUGACUCCAGCUUACGAGAAAUUUUAAGUCCACCAAGUGAUUCGCGUCCUGGAUUAAUUGACAAAACAUCAAGACUCAAAAAUUUACGAAAUUUAUCAUUAAAAGGUUGUGAUAUAUCUGAUAUUUCAAUGCGUUACAUAGCUCAACAUUUGACAAAUCUUGAAAGUCUUGAUUUGUCAACGUGUUCACGGAUCACUGAUGCUGGAAUCGCUCAAAUCACAUCACCACCUGCUAUAACUGUUACAACACUUGUGUCACUUAAAUUGAAUGGUUGUAGAUUAUUGACUGAUCUUAGUCUUGACCACUUACUAAGAUGUCAAUCACUUAAAAACUUAGAUUUAAGAAAUACAACACAGUUUUCUGUGCAGAAAGUGAAUGAAUAUUCAAAAUCAGCCAGAUUGAACAAUUUGAUAAUGGAUCCAAGACCUGAAUAUGAAAACCGACGAGCAACGUGAAACUUUUUUUAAUUUUUCACUAAAGUUUGAGCUAUUUCCGUGUGCAGCUGUAGUUAAAAAACAAAGAUAUUUUAUAGAUAAUGAGUGUAUGCAGUUUAGCGUGCAAAAAAUGAUCGUCUGCUUUUGAAAAAUGUAAAUUUGAAUGUAACUCUGUUGGUUCGUGUGGUUUAGUAAAUAUAAUUCCAGUGUACAGUUCAUCAUUUAAGGAGUUGUAUAAAUUAGCUGACAAAAAAUAUCAGAUGCAAUAAUUUAUUGGUUUUGUUCAUUUAGUUUCUUUAGUUCUAUCACAUUUGCGUGAUUGGUGACUUGGAUUUAUUAAUGAAAGAGGAAAAAAUUUCAAGUUUAGCUUCGUUUGCAAAUAGUUCCUAAUACACAAGGCAGAUGUUUUUAUCAAAGUAUUAUUUAGAAUUCAUCUGAAAAUCUUGAUGAACCAUGAAAGAAUUUGUGUGAAUGCUUUAUUUUUAAUAAGUAUAUUAUUAGCUAUUUCUUAAUUUAUACCAUGCAUUGAAAAUGAUUCAAAUUUUUGCCAAAAUAUAUAUGUAAAAAUAUUUGUUCAAUGUACAGUAAACUUAUAACACAUUAGAAAUAUUCUCUCAUGAUAUUUUGUCAUAAAGAUUCAAAGAUUAUUAGUCGCCGACAAUUUUUAUAUUUACAUAUAUUAAAUUUAAUUUUAACGCAUCUUUAAGUUGACAUAUAUUUAAACUUAAGUGAGUAAUGAAAAAAUGUUCACCAUUGAUAUGAAUAUUUUUGAAUGAAUGUUUGAAAACAAUGGGGCUAUGUUGAUCCAAAACUAUUUUCAUUACAAUGUAGAAAUUAUGUUAAAUUAUUGGUUUCUAUUGAAAGUAUGUAAUAAAAAAUACUUUAUAAACAUUUUUAAACAAGUGGAA